CCCUACACGAGCUUAAACUAUGCGUAGGAAUGCCCCUCUUUCAUAUUUAUUUCAUCGCCAUUAUCCGAGGUGUGGUUUUAGGCAGCCAUGCGCCAAGUCCCAGAGUGUUUCGAGCGCCGCUACCAGGCAAUGGACGCACUAGUCAAAGACCUGAGCUCGCCCAUGAACCAAUCCAACGAGUCUAGCGAAGCUGAAUCCAAAGAAGAAUAUGGCUUCAAACUCAUGUGCAAGUUCUGGAACAUUCUGAAAGAAGAUCCUGACUGUGAUUUGCAGAAUGCACUUCAUCAAAGGCCGUCUGUAAGUCCACCAAGAAAUAGUGGCAUAUUUGGAUCACAAAUCCCUUGCUAUCAAACGGGUAAAUCCAGUCCAAGGACAGGGUGUGGUAAAGGCGGCUGUGCCAAAACCGUCGAUCCUGAAUCAAAACUGUCAGGCAAUUCGUGUUGCGACAGACGACCUAAGGUCCAAGUGGAACCACCUUCUCGUUCGGGUUGUUGUGGCGGCAAGGAAUCUGCGUCACCUCUUUCGCACGCACUUGAAAACAUGAAACGGGCUGCUUCAACGGAAAAAGCAUGCUACGAGAAAGCAAAGGAGCUUUUGUCUCUUCAAGAACAAUUAAAAGUGCAAAUCGCUCAGUUAGAACAAAGAGAGCAAGACGAAAUAGACUUAUUGAAAGAGGCUGAUACAAUUUGGAAGAGUAUGGAAGACGAAUAUAAAAAGAAGCUGGACGAGUCAAAGAGAAGACAGGAGGACCUUCUAAAAGAGUUAACCGACAUCGAAGUGAGUGCAAGUAAGUGGAGGAAAAAUAAAAAAAAUCUUGAAGAUCAAAUGACAACAGUAGAUAAAUGUAUACAAGAAAUGAGAGAAGUAUGCAGGAAGAAAACAAAUGACCUUAAAACUAUACAAGCGGAAUCAGCCGAUUUAGAAAAAAGAAUUUCGAGCAACACAAGUGAGAUAAUGAGCACAUCUCAAGCUCUUGCGGCUAAAAGAAAGUGUCAUGACGAUUGCAUGAAGAAGAUGUCCGAGGCGUCUAAAAAGUUACAAAGUAUCAAAGACCGUGAAGAAGGAAUAAAAAAAGAGAAAAUUCAAAAAGGCGAUGAAUGUGUUAAAGAAGCAAGAGAAGAAUUAGCUCAUAUUUGCAGAGUUUUAUUGAAAAAGAAGCUCGAGAAUGAAGAUCUACGAGCAGAGGCAAAAGCCCUUGCGGAAGAAAUAGAUUUACUUCAAACAACAUGCGACUCAUGUGGCGAAAAAUGCAAAAACAAGGAACAGUCUCUGAAAAAAGAAAUCGCAAAGUGUGAAUGUGAAAUUAAAAAGUUCAAAUUGAAAUGUACCAAAUGCAGUGUAUCAUGUGAUACAGAUAAUUUAAGAAAAUUCUGUACUGAAUGCCCUAGGUGCAAAGAACAAAUGGAUGCAUGUGCAUACAGUGGUAACACAUGCGCUGGACCGGAAAAACCAUGUAUCUGUGUGCAUAUCAAGACACAGUUUAUGAACAAUGUAUUUGAGAAUAUGCAUACAGUAUUAGAAAGGCAAAUUAACAGCAGAGCCGGUAAAGUUGUCGCAGCCCAAGUUUUACAAUGUUUGAAAAGUAGCACUAAUGGAAAGUUGGAUAGCCCAACUCGGAAAAAAUUACAGGACUUCAUUUUAGCAACAGUGAAAACUAAUCUGAAUCUAACUAUAAUUGGCGGUGCUGUUAAAACGCGAUGUGAAAUGGACCCUGACACCUACAAGGAGCUGAUGAAGUGUUUAUGUAUGGUUAAAAGUGAAAAAGCAGAAAAAGCUGAUAAAGGAACUGAUUCAAGAAAGGAACCCUGUGCUCGGUGGGGUGGUCCUUACGAAUGCAAUUGCCCGAAGGGACCCAAGAAUUGUAUAUGCCAGAAAAAGGCUCCCAAGCCUCCUUCUGAUCCAGAACCUUGUGGGCAACUCGAAGAAGAUAAAAAAGAUAUUGGCCAGCUAUCAAUAUGCCCUUACAAGGAUAACACUCCGUGUGGUCCCUUAUGUGCCGAUCCUCCUAAGUCCGACCUAACAGUAGCCAAAGCAGUCGCAAAGUCUCACAAACCCACGCCUUGUUGCGCCGACAAGUGCACGUUUAAUAGUAACAUGAGAGCAGCCCAGUGUACGCUGGGUAGCGAAGGCAUCGAUAAUCCAGUGAGAACCAAAGGACACAUGAGCAAAGCUCCCAUACUUCAAGCUCCCUCUGAUAUAUCUUAUAUAGAUAUGAUGCCAUGCGAUUGCAAUACAGUGGAUGAGUUUAAUACCUGCCAGUGUCGUGAACGUCUCCACCAUCUUCGUAAUGAAAUGAUCGAAGCAGUGUAUCGUCCCAUGAGGUAAAAGCCUGAGGUAAUAGUAAUUUGUACACGCUCUGCAUCUAUUUUCAGCAAAUUCACAAGCCACAGUAAAAAAAGAUAUUAAAUAAGUUUCGUUAAGAAUA